UGCCGGGAGCCGGUGGGUCUGGGGGAGCGGCCGAGGCUGCUCCCGGAGCAGGGCCUGGACGGGGCCAGCUUAGCGCCCUCCCGAGCAACCCCCGCGGCGCCUGCUCGCGGCUCUAGGGGGAAGGGGAGGAGGAAACGCGGGUGGGGACGGGACGGGACAAACCCUGCUGACGGUGGCUGCACCCGGGCGAGCGGAGAGAAGCGGAGAAGAGGGCUGGUGGGCACGGCUCGGCACGAUAUAAUGGCUACACCAAGUGGCAACCCUGUCCCAUCAGCACCACCUUCUUAUGAGGAAGCUGUAGCAAUCAAUAUGAACUAUCCUCACCCCUCUCCCAUCCCUGGCCCUGGACAGAAGCCAGAUGGGAAGGGAAUGAACCCUCCCCCACACAUGGGACAGCCUCCACCAGCAAAUAACCCCAUUACUGUUCAGACGGUGUAUGUGCAGCAGCCAGUACUGUUUUAUGACCGCCCGGUUCAGAUGUGCUGCCCUUCCUGUAACCAGGUGAUAGUGACACGUCUCUCGUAUGACUCAGGAGCGUUGACCUGGCUGUCAUGUGGUGGUCUCUGCCUGCUGGGGUGUGUAUUAGGCUGCUGCUUAAUUCCCUUCUGCAUUGAUGCCCUAAAGGAUGUGGAUCACACCUGUCCAAAAUGCAGCGCUCUUGUCGGUUCUUACAAACGUUUAUAGGCAGUGAUUAAACAUUGAUUGAUGAAGUUGUUUCGCACCUCUACAAGCCCUCUCUGAAGCUUCAUGGAGACUUCCUGUUUUUUCUGUGAAUCCUGUCACUGGAAACCAAUAAAAAGUAAUGUUUAUUGCUAGAUGGUUUGAAUACGCAUUUGCUUGAGAGGAAUCUCACUUAGGUCUGUAAAAAGCAUACCUAAUCUGUAUGGAUCAUUCAGUCCAGCACCAGUGGAGAGCAAUGGAGUGUUUCUCUUUUUGCUUUAUACAGAACAGGUUGGUGAUGUUCUUCAGUUAAUCUUGUCUCAGACAUGUUGCACAUUGUACUUGCAUAAAGUCUCAGCACAGAACAAGAGGAGGACGUGUAUGGAGGACUAUUUAAGCUUGUGCUUCGGCAGCAGCGCUCUUUACAAACUUGCAGGGAGCUGCCUCAGAGACAGGUGCCCCUCUUUGAAAAAAGAAAUUGUUUGUUGUCAUCUUUUCAUGAGCACUAGAAUUCAUUUUAAAACUUUUAUAGUUGGAAGAGAACCAAACCUAGAGGCUUUUUACUUCUUGGAGGUUGCUUUUCCAAAUGGACCACUCAGGUUGUGCAAAAAUAGUGAUUGAAUCUAGUAUCUGAAUUUUCUUGCCAGUUUCAAGUCUAGUCAUGUCUCUAAUCUGAAGUAAAGAUGUUCAUAUAGGAGAUAUUUGUUCAGUGGCUUUUGUUAGGCUGGAGGCUUUCCUGCUGGUGGUUGAAAGUCUGUGUAGUGUUUUCUUCACCCCAGUGGAAAUGUCCAGAGGGCUGUGGUUGGAACAUUGGAAAACUUCCUUUAUGUAAAUCAGGUGAUCAAUCAUAAACAAACCUCAGCCUUAUCUUAAGGCUUGAAUUCCACCUGAAACACAUAAAUAAAUCACCUGGGCUUUUAGUUGUUGGUCUGCAUGUUAAUUAUUGUUUCUUCAUUAAGAAGGUAAAACGUUUGUCAAGGAGUUUCUCUGAUUUUUCUAAACUAAAUGACAGAUAAGUUCUGCUUUUAGAAGCUUAAGCUGGAUAUGCUAAUUUAAGAUGAUAAUCACAAAAAAUUAGGGAAUGAGGCUCUGAAGGUUAAGGUGAUUUCUGUGUCAUAAGCAACUUGAUCAAACAACAUUUUGAUGCAUAUCACAGAAUCCAAAUCACAAAAUCAGCUGGGUUGGAAAAAAGCCUUUGAGAUCCUUAUGUCCAGUCUGUGUCCUAAUGCCACCUUAUCAACCAGACUGUGGUGCUGAAUACCACACCCAAUGUUUUCUUAAUACUUCCAAGGCCAGUGACCUCACCAUCUCCCUAGGCAGUCUUUUCCAAUGUCUGAUCACCCUUUCUGUAAAAAUCUUCUUCCUAAUGUCCAGCCUAAAUGAUACCUGUCCAGAAAAGGCAGACAGGUGUUUAAACAAGGCUGUGUUGGUAACACUGUAUUAGUAUCUGUAAAUGUAAAAAGCUAAAAUAAAAAAAAAAAAAAAUACUCCAUUUAGUGUUCUUGCCAAAUGUGCCUUCUGUAAAUAUUCAGUAUAAGUUAGUUUUUCAGGAAUCUUCCAACACUUUAUGUUUGAAAUCCAGUAAUUCUGUAGAUCAUGUACAAUCUCUAGGCCUUGUCUUAACUAUGUUUUCUAAACUGCUGCUGCUUUUGGGUCAGUCUGCAAGUGAUUUAAGAGUUUCCUUGUGUAUUUGGAAAAGGUUUCUGGUCUAUUCGUGCCGUAAGAAUGUAUGGAUGCUGAAUGCGAGAAAGCAGCACAGUGUCUGUGUGGAAUCAACAUGUAACUUUCUCAGACUGGCCUGAUAAAGUGUGGCCUGAGAAAUAUAAGGAGGAAUCCAAACAGUCCUUAGAGAAGGAAGACAAUCUUUGCAGGUGUUGUUUUUCGCCUUGUUUACUUGUAAGAAAUGGUCAAGGGGUGUUUUUUCUAACUGUCCAGUGAUGGUGAUGUGUUGGUUUAAUGACCAAUGAGAGUUUUACCUUUUUGGACCUUCUUGGACCUGUCUAUAAAAGAAGAUAGGGAAGAAUAAAACUUGCUCUCUUCUGCAACCAAGCCAGAGAGUCUGUGUCAUACUUUCACUGUUCCUAAUACAGUGCAACAAGAAUGUACAUCAGCAGCUACUAACUGGCAAGAGAAUGAUGGAGAUAAAAAGCUGGUAGUUUUGUAGUUUUCCAUCUUGAUGAUGUGGUACCAACAAGUGCUUUUGUCUGCUGGUGCACCACCAUAGUGCUCUCGAUGUUCUUGAAGGGCUUGGGUGAUGCUGCAUUGAAUUUUCUGUUUUGGUGACAUGAACAAGUCCUGUGUCUUACUGGGAAGCAGAAUUCCCCACUGGGUGUCACAGAAAAUGUGAUUCUUGCCAGUUUAUUGUUAGAGCAAGACAGAAAGAAGCAAUGAAGCUUGCAGUGUUUCCAAACUUGGGAUUUGGUUGCAUGGUGGGGAGGAUUUUUAAUUAUUUUAGUACCCUGUCAGUCUGGUCGGGAUAAUCCUGCCAUAUAUUCAUUUGGUAAGUCUUCCAAUUGUUAUUCCCUUAGUUCCCCUUUUCUCUCCAAAGUGAUGGCUGGAAAAUCUGAGGUGGUGGCACCAGAAUGCAAAACACCAAAAGAAAUGUUUUGAUUUAUGUGCACAGUCCAUUGAUUCUCUUUAAGUUCCUUGUAUGGAUUGAGAAUAGGACACACAGUGUUGGCAGCUCUUCCUUCUAAUUCAGCAUUCUGCAAAGUUUUCUGCUGCCCCUUCUAUAGCUGUUUCCUUAAAUGCAAAGCCUGUGUUUGUUCUCUUGUGUAUGGAAUGAUCUACAGACUGUGCCAAAGUAACCUGCUUUGUUAAACCUACCUUGGACAAACAAAUGCAGGAUAUAACUUGCUUUGUGUGAAAGCACUUUGUGUUUGAUUAUGUUGAAAUUACUGUUUGUUUUUAAAACUGACUCUAUUUAAAAUAAAAUCUGUGUCUUUCCUA